GGUAGGACAGUUCCACUCAUCGGCUUGCAGCUUAAGUGUUGAAGUCGUAGUCGAAGUCGAAAAGGCGCUCUAUACCCGGACACCCAACACCCACACCCACAGCACUACCAUGAAUCCCAUGAGAGUGCUCAGCAUGCUGGCCCUCCUGGCCGUCGCCGUUAUGGCCAAGCCGGGCAGCAGCCAUAUGGACAACUCUGUCAGCCAGGCCCUCAAGCCGUCGCAGUGGCUGUCCGCCUCCGCUCUGGAGGCCAUUCCCGCUGCCGAUGACCUGACCGUCGAGCAACUGGAGAACAUGUCCCUGGAGAAGGGAGCCGAGCUCCUGCAGCAGAUCUACCAUCUCUCGCAGAUCAACCACAAUGUGGAGCCCAACUUUGUGCCCAGCGCCAGCAACAUUCAAGUUUAUGUGCCCAAGCGCAACGGCGAGAAGAUCGUGGCGCCCCUGAGCGAGAUGAUCCAGCGCCUGAAGCAGAAGCAGAACUUUGGCGACGACGAGGUGACCAUCAUCGUUACUGGCCUGCCCUCCACCACGGAGACGGUGAAGAAGGCCAACCGCAAGCUGGUCCAGGCCUACAUGCAGCGCUACAACCUGCAGCAGCAGCGCCAGCACGGAAACGGACGCGACUACGACGACAGCAACGAGAAGAAGGGACAGCGCACAUCCAGCGAGGAGAACUCCAGCGAGGAGUCCAAGAAUGCCAAGACCCAAAGCGGUGACAUCAUUGUGAUUGACUUGGGCGCAACUCUGACCAACUACAAGCGCUAUGCCAUGCUGGACAUUGAGAAGACCGGCGCCAAGAUUGGCAAGUGGAUCGUCCAGCUGGUCAGCGAAUGCGACAUGCCCUUCGACACCAUCCAUCUGAUCGGCCAGGGUGUGGGUGCCCAUGUUGCUGGCGCCAGUGCCCAGGAAUUCACCCGCCUCACCGGACACAAGCUGCGUCGCGUCACCGGUCUGGAUCCCUCCAAGAUUGUGGCCAAGACCCGUCACACCCUCACCGGCCUGGCCCGCGGCGACGCUGAGUUCGUCGAUGCCAUCCACACCUCCGUCUAUGGCAUGGGCACACGCGUGCGCAGCGCCGAUGCCGACUUCUAUCCCAAUGGACCCGCCGCCGGAGUGCCCGGAGCCGAGAACGUGAUCGAGGCCACCAUGCGCGCCACCCGCUACUUCGCCGAGUCUGUCCGCCCGGGAAAUGAGCGCAGCUUCCCCGCCGUGCCGGCCAACUCCCUGCAGCAGUACAAGCAGAACGAUGGAUUCGGCAAGCGCGCCUACAUGGGCAUCGAUGCUGCCCACGACAUCGAGGGUGACUACAUCCUGCAGGUGAACGCCAAGAGCCCCUUCGGCCGCAACGCGCCCGCCCAGAAGCAGAGCAGCUACCAUGGGGUGCACCAAGCGUGGAAGAACGACAACAAGGACUACGACUAAAGUGAUACGCCCCCCCAAUGGAUGGACAAACGGAUGGACUUCCUUUUUAGCAUUCUCUAGACACUAAGCUAAAACCCAUAAUUGGCAUUUUUCUCAACGCAUUUAACGAGCCACUCGCAAACAAAAUUCAAAUCGCAAAUAAACGCUAAAGACUCCUUUUGACAAGGAGCUUAAAACGUA